AUGGCACCCCUAAAUCCCACAUCUCAGGAAGCAAUCAGCAGGCUCCGAAACUAUGUUCCCCCGCCAACAACGUACGACUUGGUCCCGCUAAGCAGAAGGGCGGCUGUGCUGAUACUGCUGUUCGCCGAUGCCAAGGGCGACCUUAAGGUUGUUGUUACGAUCCGGGCUAAGACACUGAGUUCGUAUGCAGGAGAUGCUGCUUUGCCUGGAGGCCGAGCAGACAGCAUGGAGACAGCCUUCCAAACGGCGCGCCGCGAGGCAAGCGAGGAGAUCGGCCUUCCCGACAUUAACCAAGGGCUUCCACCCCCAUUCAGCGUGGAGCAUCUCUGCGAACUCCCGGCAAAUCUUGCCAGGACGCAGGUGGUUGUGCGUCCCUGCGUUGCUCUUCUCCAUGGCUAUGAUCCCCGCUUGGGGCUGAAUGCCGAUCCUGAGGUGUCACUGAUUCCUAUUUUGGAUGCAAGAGAGGUUGCGGCUGUUUUUACUGCGCCUUUUAAGGAUUUUUUGAGUGAGAAUAUACACGAAGAGUGGUAUCGUGGAUCUUGGGGGACGUGGCAUAAUUCACAAUGGAGGAUGCACCAGUUCUUUGUUCGGCAUGGAGAAGGCUAUCGCAUCUUUGGCAUGACAGCAAGAAUUAUUGUUGAUGCAGCUCGUGUCGCAUAUGCGCAGGAACCAGAAUUCGAGCAUAACAGUCACUUUGGAGAUGAGGAGAUGAUUGCCAAACUGUGUCAAUCCGGUCAAUUGAGUGAAGGAAAGGCCAGGCUUACUUAG